ACUACUAGUAGUGUGAGUAGCAACACCAUUAUUGACUAUCUACUCCCUCACUCGAUUCAUCUCAUUCAUACACACACUUCUCUCAUCUCAAUUUCACUUUCUAUUUUCCAAAUCUAGGGUUUCCAAUUUCACAUUCGCAGCCAAUGCGCACCACAUUAUUUUCCCCAAUUUCGCUGAUUUACAAGCCCUAAUUGUGCGUUAUUGGCCUUAGAUCGAUGAAUUUAGCUGAUUCGGAGUCACGUCCGGUUCUCGGACCCGCCGGGAACAAAUCUAGACCGGUGGAAUUGCGUAAACCGGUGGCGAAACCGAAGAGUAACACUAAAAUGGAGGUUGUUAGUGGCGAAGUCAAGGGGAAGAAGUCGCCGACAUUGUCGGGGGCGAUUCCGAAUGGGAAGCUGAUGAAUUGUGUGGUGAAGAAGGAGCAGGAGCGGAGGGUGUUUAGGUCCAAUUUGUCGAUGAAUGCGUCGUGUUCUUCGGAUAAUUCGUCGGAUUCGUCUCAUAGUCGAGCUUCGACUGGGAGGAUUACGAGGAAGAGUGUGCCGAUUUUGAGGAAGCAGUCGGUUACGAAGGCUCAGAAAGGUGUUGGGAGUGAUGGAAGUGUAAAUGGAGAAUUGGGAACGGGGGAGUUGGUUGAUGCCAAGAAAAGAUGUGCUUGGGUUACUCCAAAUACCGAUCCUUGUUAUGUCGCAUUCCAUGACGAAGAAUGGGGGGUUCCAGUUCACGAUGAUAGGAAGCUAUUUGAACUGCUGAGCUUAUCAACUGCUUUGGCAGAACUUACUUGGCCUGCCAUUCUUAAUAAAAGGCAAUUAUUUAGAGAUGUAUUUCAGGAUUUUGAACCUGUGGGAGUAGCAAAAUUAAAUGAGAAGAGAAUUACAGCAGUGGGAAGCAUAGCCAGCUCGCUUCUCUCGGAGUUGAAGCUACGAGUAAUUAUCGAAAAUGCUCGUCAGAUGUGCAAGAUUAUAGACGAGUUUGGAUCUUUUGAUAAAUAUAUAUGGGGCUUUGUAAACCAUAAACCCACAGUUGGUCACUUCCGCUAUCCCAGGCAAGUUCCCAUCAAGACAUCAAAAGCAGAUGUGAUAAGUAAAGACCUGGUGAAAAGAGGGUUUCGGGGUGUUGGUCCAACCGUUGUGUACUCGUUUAUGCAAGUUGCUGGGAUAACAAAUGACCAUCUCAUCAGUUGUUAUAGAUUUCAGGAAUGCAUAGUUGCAGAAUGUGCAAAAGAUAAGGAUGGCAGCUUCAAGGAUAGAUUUGAAGGGAAACAGAUAGAAGAUGAACCUGACUUGGGUGUAACAGGAGCUAUCGAUGGCUUGAGUCUAUCGCAGGAUUAGAUCAUCACUUCCCUAGGGGCAAUAAUUAACACCACGGAGUAGUCCCACACUCUACCUGGAGUACCUGCUGUAUAAGAGGAAAUGUUUGUGUAUAUCAUGAAUUGAUUUUGCUUAAUGCAUUGUAGAUUUAAUAGAAGUUGACAUGCCAAGGAUGAUGAUGCCCUAGGUGCAAUGAAGUCAUUAUUUGGCUA